AUGGAGACGGAUUCUACAAUCGACUAUUUUGAGCAAACCAUCAUCUUCAACUCACCCGACGGCCCAGUCAACGUUACACUCCCGAUCCUUGACCAGCAAUAUCUUUACAACCUUCAGAUAUGCAUCAACUAUGGAUCACAAAUUGGAGCUUCAAUCGCGAUACUCAUAGCACUCCUUCUGUUAAGCAAGCCCGACAGACGCCUCUCCGCCAUCAUGAUCCUUAACACCUGCUCAUUGAUCUUCAACAUAAUUCGUAACAUACUCCAGUGUCUCUUCUUCACUGGUCCUUAUGGAGAGUUGUAUGCACAAUUCACGGGAGACUUCAGUCACGUCGGCAAUCAGCAGCUUGCUAUCUCAGUCACGGCUACAGUCUUCACAUCACUAUUGCAAGUUUGCGUAGAAGCAUCACUCUACAUGCAAGCUCGCGUUGUCUGUAUUACUCUCCAUGAGGUCCACAAGCGCGUCGUCCUAUCCAUCUCCGCGUUCGUUGCCUCCAUAGCUAUUGGGCUUCGAUUUGCAUACAUGGUGAAAAACGACAUCAGCAUUAUGGAAGAAGCCAGCUCGGGCGAGCUGAUUCCGCUAGGACAUGCAGUGAAUAUCACUACUAGCAUUAGCAUCAUCUGGUUCUCCGCUGUCUUUGUCACAAAGCUAGCGUUUGCUCUUCACCAGCGAAAGAAAAUGGGCAUCAAACAAUUCGGACAUAUGCAGAUUCUGCUGAUCAUGGGCUGUCAAACACUCAUAGUUCCUGGUACGUCUCAGCUUCAUCAUACGGCCAGUAAAUCUAACACCGACGUAGUUGUCUUCUCAAUUCUUCAAUACUUCGCCUUUCCUGCUGCUUCGUCGAACGCAUUGACCGCAUGCGCAGUAUUCCUGCCUCUAUCAUCUCUUUGGGCCUCCGCGUCUGUCAACAGCAAUUCGAGAGGAAAUCGCAUCUCCAUUUCAGAUUUUCCACUUGGCUCCAGAAGCACAAAGACCGGCUACAAAGCCAAGCCGGAUCCACUGGAGUCCACACACACUACGACUACCAUUAGAUUUAGUGGCAGCACGUCUCAACUAUACAGUCCGAAGGACUCCAGCACGCAACAGGUUCAAGACGACCUUGAGAAGCAAGGUUUGACCGACACUGCGCACUUCAUUUCUGGCAAAGGGUGA